AUGGGCCGGCCAAGCAGCAAAAAAGGGCUCUCGACUAGCCACCACGUCCGAAGUAUGUCGAUGGAAAGCUUCUUGAAAUCUUGUCCGCCUACUCCUGCUCACGCUCCCUUGGUUCGAUCGCCCGUCAGAAUACUCGGGAGUGGGUUAUCAGCUUUGACACUUGCACGCAGUCUUUACGAGAAGAAAAUUCCCUUCAAGAUCUUCACAAAAGAUAGUCAACCUGAAGAGAACUCCAAUCGACAUGAUUAUAGUAUUUUGUUGCCAGUGUGGAUUGUCAAAGACCUAAGGAAACUGCUGAACAUUGGCGAAAAAAUAUUUCAAGAUCGCCUUUUAGUGCCUAGCACCAGACCCUUUCCUCAGAGAACGACCAAUACUAAAGUGAGAGUUCACCGCGGUAUGCUAGAACGUCUUUUGAGGUCACGAUUCAAGGAUGAGAUUGAAUGGAAUUGUGAGAUUAAGGUUGGAUCAAGCGGGUCGCCUCGUUUAAUUUUCCCCCCGCAUGUCGAUGCAUUGGAAGGGAAUAUCACGUUCGACUGCAUGGGCGUUCAUUCUCCGCUCCAGUGUCCAGGUAGUUGUAGACAAAUCAGUCCCAUUGUAGUAUUCCGAGGCACUGUCAUCUUGUCAAAGACUUUGUGGGAUCAUAAGUUUCGAGAUUGGUUUCCUGGCAAUACAGCGCAGAUCCAGAAGAAAUUCGACAGAACCAAUUUGGAUCUCAUAAUCAACCACACCGAUGCGCAAAGCGGCGAAGUGAGCUUAACUUACAUCUAUUCACGGCCUCGCUUAGAUAGUUUAGUAGGCACCGAAGACGAGCUCUGGAAACCGACGCGACCAACUUACGAAGCAGCAUCCCCUGUCUUGAUCGAAAAGUUUCUCGACGAAAUCAAAACCUUCCGACUAAAGAAUGAUCUACCUGGUCCUUAUAACGAGAUUUUCAAUCCCGAAACGAUGAAAGAAAACAGAAUCUUACAUUGGCUGUUGAGAACUUACCAGGUGGAUCAACCAGAACUAAUCAAAUUGUGGAUCGGCGAUGAAAAGAUAAUGAAAUUAGGCGAUGCUAUAAUAACCAUGCCCAUAGUCGAAACCACUGGUGCUGAGCUUGCUAUCUCCGAUGGUUUGAAUGUGGCUGACCAGAUUGAGAGAUAUGGGGGAGCGAGGUUGCACCGCUGGUUUAUUGAAAGCUGGGAAUGGAAGCUUACUGCAUUUCGGGAAAGCAACCGCCGUAUAAUUGCAAGAUAUCGAUGA